UGAAAUGUAAACUUUAAGCGGUGUUUUUGUAAAAUACAUUUCACAGCCCCUAACGUUGACAACAGCGCCCCCUGCUGUUUUUUGCUUUAACGUUUCAUAAACUGCAGACAUGUAAACGUCAUGACGCAGCGUGCGCAGGGGGCGUGGCCUAACACCCGGUAGUAAAGUGCAGUCAUCAGACUGAGUGAAAACAACAUCAGCUCGAUGUUUGCGUGACUCUCGCGGAGGCUUCAGCGCCUUUUUCCUGCCGUUUCCCCGGGGGAGAGACAGCCCUCGCACGCCGACACUCCGGCCUCUGUCCCGCUGACUCCCCGGCCUGUGUUCCCCUGAGUUCCCGGAGGAGGGCCUUCGGCAGCGGGCAGAGAUGUGGAUCCACCCGGAGGAGGUGCUGCUGGCCGGGGCUCUGUGGGUGUCCGAGCGGGCGAACCCGUUCUUCGUCCUGCAGAGGAGGAGGGGGCACGGCCGCGGAGGGGGGCUCUCCGGUCUCCUGGUUGGGACGCUGGAUGUGGUUCUGGACUCCAGUGCCCGGGUAGCACCAUACAGGAUCCUGCUGCAGACUGCGGACUCUCAGAUCUACUGGAACAUCGCCUGUGGUUCAUCUAGGAAAGAGAUCACUGAGCACUGGGAUUGGCUGGAAGCCAAUCUCCUCCAGACCAUCUCCAUCUUUGACAACGACGAAGACAUCACCACCUUCGUCAAAGGAAAGAUCUCUGGCAUCAUCGCGGAGGAGAACCGGUUAAAGCCCGGAGAGGAGCACGAGGAGGACAGCGGGAAGUUUCGGGAGGCAGAGCUGAAGAUGAGGAAGCUGUUUGGCAUGCCUGAGGAGGAGAAGCUGGUGAAUUAUUACUCCUGCAGCUACUGGAAGGGCCGAGUGCCACGACAGGGCUGGCUCUACCUGUCCGUCAACCACCUGUGCUUCUACUCCUUCCUGCUUGGAAAGGAAGUGACUCUGGUGGUGCCAUGGACCGAGGUGACGCAGCUGGAGAAGAACGCCACCCUGCUGUUUCCAGAGAGUGUCCGUGUGAGCACUCGCGACACCGAACAUUUCUUCUCAAUGUUUCUCAACAUCAACGACACCUUCAAGUUGAUGGAGCAGCUCGCUAACAUUGCCAUGCGCCAGCUGCUCGACAACGAGGCAUUUGCCGCCGACCUGUCGCUGCCCAAACCCAGCAAAACGUUGAAGAACGUCUCUGCGCUGAAGAGGGAUCUGGAUGCCCGGGCGAAGAACGAGCGAUACCGGGCGAUGUUUCGGCUGACGCAGGAGGAGCGGCUCGACGGACACACGGACUGCACCCUGUGGACGCCGUUCGCAAAGAUGCACGUUGUCGGACAGCUCUUCAUCUCCAACAACUACAUCUGCUUCAGCAGCAAAGAGGAAGACCUGUGUCAGCUCAUCAUACCCCUCCGAGAGGUCUCCAUUGUGGAGAAGGCGGACAGCAGCAGUGUCCUGCCCUGCCCUGUCUCCAUCAGCACCAAGAACAAGAUGAACUUCCUGUUUGCCAACCUCAAAGACAGGGACUUCCUGGUCCAACGUAUUUCUGACUUCCUGCAGCGAACGCCGGACAGCUCGUGGGGCGACACCAACCCGCUGUCUCAGAUUAGUCACUUGGCGUCCUCCUCCGUACCCCCAUCUUCUUCUCCAGGUUCUGAGUCCGUUCAGAAGGCACGCCAUUACCACCCUGGCCUACCCACAGCCAUCCAGGGUCUCCUGCAGCUCUACCACCGAGACGACCCAGAGGACCUGGGACCCAAAGCCAUGAGGGAGAAGAUGAAGGAGGAGUCAUGGAACAUCCAUUUCUUAGAGUUUGGUCGAGGCGUCUGCAUGUACCGGACUUCCAGAACCAGAGAACUGGUCCUCAAUGGGAUACCAGAGCGCCUGAGAGGGGAGCUGUGGCUGCUGUUCUCUGGAGCACAAAACGAGAUGGCGACCCACCCUGGUUACUAUGGUGAACUGGUGGAACAGGCCAUGGGGCUAUGCUCAUUAGCUACUGAGGAGAUUGAGCGCGACCUUCACCGCUCGAUGCCUGAACACCGAGCCUUCCAGAAUGAGAUGGGCAUUGCCGCCCUGCGCCGCGUCCUCACCGCAUACGCCCACCGCAACCCGGGCAUCGGAUAUUGCCAGGCAAUGAACAUCGUCACCUCUGUCCUGCUGCUCUACUGCACCGAGGAAGAGGCCUUCUGGCUGCUGGUGGCGCUGUGUGAGCGUAUGCUGCCCGACUACUACAACACCCGAGUCGUAGGAGCGCUGGUGGAUCAGGGGGUGUUUGAGGAGCUGACCCGGUCCUUCCUCCCCCUGCUCUAUGAACACAUGCAGGAGCUGGGGGUCAUCUCCACCAUCAGCCUGUCCUGGUUCCUCACCCUCUUCCUGUCUGUCAUGCCCUUCGACAGCGCUGUCCUGUUGGUCGACUGCUUCUUCUAUGAGGGCAUCAAGGUCAUCUUUCAGGUGGCGCUGGCUGUCCUCCAUGACAACAUGGAUGCCCUGCUCUCCUGUAGCGACGAGGGAGAGGCCAUGACCAUCCUGGGCAGGUACCUGGAUAAUGUGGUCAAUAAACAGACGGUGGCUCCGCCCAUCCCUCACCCGCACGCCCUGCUGACAAGUGGAGACGAGCCGCCGCCCGAAAUCGACGUCUUUGACCUCAUAAAGUCAUCUUACGAGAAGUUUGGCAGUCUGCGCUCUGAUGUCAUUGAGCAGAUGAGGUUCAGGCAGAGGUUAAAGGUCAUCCAGUCCCUGGAGGACACUGCCAAGAGAAGUGUGGUGAGAGCGAUGAUGACUGAGUCAGCCUUCAGUAUUGAAGAGCUGGAGGAGCUCUACUGUCUGUUCAAGUCCAAACACAUGACCAGCUGUUACUGGGGUUCCAGCAGCUCUGCCGCUGAGCGUCACGAUCCCAGCCUGCCGUACUUGGAGCAGUACCGCAUCGACCCGCUUCAGUUUCGUCAGCUCUUCGUCUCGCUCGCUCCCUGGGUCUGCGGAGGCCACAACCCAACGCUGUCGGCCCGCCUCUUCAGGCUGCUGGACCAGAACCAGGAUGGGCUAGUCAACUUUAAAGAGUUCAUCACCGGACUGAGUGGGAUGUAUCACGGGGACAUGACGGAAAAACUGAAGCUACUGUACAAGCUCCACCUACCUCCAGCUCUGUGUCCGGAGGAGGCGGAGUCUGCUCUAGAGGCCACGCAGUUCUUCACCGAGGAGGAACCUCGAGAAGCUUCCUUCUUCUCUGAUCAGAAUGCAUUGCGGCAGCAGGAAGUGACACCAGGUGAGGAGCCAAAAGAUGGAGACAGUGAGGAGAAAAAAGAGGUGAAGGACUACAGGUACUACCUGAGGAUGUGGGCCAAGGAGAAGGAGACCAAGAGAGAGACCAUCAAAGACCUGCCGAGGAUGAACCAGGAGCAGUUCAUUGAGUUGUGUAAAACUCUGUACAACAUGUUCAGCGAGGAGGCUCUUGAGCAGCAGCUCUAUCACGCCAUCGCCACGGUUGCCAGUUUGCUGCUGCGCAUCGGCGAAGUGGGCAAGAAGUUCAACAACGGCACCAAGAAGCGCGAGACCACGCCACAGACCUCGCUCUCUGCUCAGACCCCGCCCCACAGCCCUCAGGGGGAGGAGGAGGGGCCCGGUCACGGGGCGUCUGGUGAGUCCGAGGUGUGCCGAGCUUUGGCCGACGCCCAGCUGGAGGUGGUGGCGGCUCAGAUGUCCGACGAGGAAACAAAAGAUGAUGCGUCGGUGUCUUCGUAUUCGGUGGUGAGUGCCGGCUCGCUGCAGUGCGAGGAUAUCGCUGAGGACACGGUGCUGAUCAGGGGCGGCGAGCAGAGGCAGGGUAGCGUGCUGGAUACGGAUUGGUCGAUCACCUUUGAGCAGGUGUUGGCUUCGAUGCUGACAGAGCCGCCGCUUGUCGACUACUUUGAAAGGAAGAGGAACAUCCAGGUCAAAAUGGCCGCCUGCAAGGCUCAGCGGGCAGUGGAGCGCCAAAUUAGCUCCGCCUCCGACCAUGAACUUACGCAGCAUUCUACCUGAGCACCUCCCUCACCUGUCCAUGUGCACCAUACAGGUAACUGAUGUAAUCAGCUAAGUGGAUCAUGUGACUGGAGCCUCUCUGAUGUUACAGUGACUCUGAUUGGCUGGCAGGUCCUGCAGAUUAAACUUCCUGUUUCAGUGUCCAUGUGUUUCAGAUCUUAUCGAUUAGAGACAAUCUGAUCAAUCAAUAAGCGCAUUGAUCUGUUAAAGGUCUGCAUUUCCUUUAGAUGUUUCACAAUAAAAGCCUUUAUAUUGUGACUGAGGUGUUUUACUGUGAAGGAGCUGGAGGAAGUGUCCCACACCGCUGUAUAGAUUCAUCUUUAUUCAUCUUUUGAAUUAUUCAUUGAUCAGCUCCUGUGUCUCUGCAGGACCAAUCAGUGAACAGGAAACAGAAACAGAUAAAUGCUUGGUGAGCUCACCUGUAGAAGACUCAAACACGUGUGAGUUGCAUCAGACUUUUAUUGUGAAAUAAAGAUUUAUAAUCAGUACUAAUGGUUUAUAAUCAAUAACGAUAAAGACGCCAUAUUUCACCAGGUGUGUUUACACCUGGACUCUUACUUUGAAGCCUUGUUUGUUCUCCCCACUGCCUGUGUGAUGACAUCACUCUGUUGGUGAUGAUGUCAUCGUGUUUUUAUGUGUUUGACCUGAUUUUAAACUCACUGUGUUGAUCUGUUAUUCAUCUGUUGUUCUAAUAAAUACUGGAGGAAGUUCUUA